GGACGUUACAUGAGGGUUUCAUAAAGGGGCGGAGAAAACAGGAAGUGAGCCAGACAUGAACUCUCUGGAGCAGGCAGAAGAUCUAAAGGCGUUUGAGCGGAGGCUUACGGAAUAUGUUUCAUGUUUACAACCCGCCACUGGACGUUGGAGAAUGAUUCUCAUCGUAGUAUCUGUUUGUACUGCAACUGGUGCCUGGAACUGGCUAAUAGAUCCAGAGACGCAAAAGGUUUCCUUCUUCACAUCAUUAUGGAAUCAUCCCUUCUUUACAAUUAGCUGCAUUACAUUAAUAGGACUGUUUUUUGCUGGUAUACACAAAAGGGUAGUGGCCCCGUCAAUAAUAGCAGCAAGAUGUCGAACUGUACUAGCAGAAUAUAACAUGUCAUGCGACGAUACGGGAAAAUUAAUUUUAAAGCCAAGACCCCACGUCCAGUGAUGUCUGCGGUCGCCUGAUGAAGCUUGAUUUUUCAUCUCUCCUGGCAAUACGGUCUCUCUUUUGGAGAUGGUUAUUGAUGACAGAUCGAUGAUUCACAAAGUCAAAAUUCUUUGAACUUUGGGACAUUCAUCCAAGAGGAAAUUCAAUGAUUGUACAGUCUGAGCUUUGGAACUGUUAUUACAGGAAAAAGUCACCUGAAGUGUCAUAUCCCUGUCUAGGUAUGUGUAUCAAGAAGGAGGGUUUGCACACCCCCAGGGUGCAGUUUUUCUCCCCCCCCCCACCCCCCCGUCCUAUACAAUACUAACAUUUUAACGGAUCUUUUGUGUGUUUUGUGAGGUGACGUAACAGUUGGAGCUGAGAUGCACAAAUAAAGUUUUCAACAAAAUAUUUGCUAUUCUG